AUGGGGGCACGCGCUGCAUGCGCUGCGAGCUCUGACGAAGGUUCUUUGAGGACCUGGUGGUACGUGGCCAUGCGAGAUCUGGCUUUUCAGCUGCUGGCACUUGCAGAGCUCGCCUACUUGCUCGCAGACACCUCGCGUCAGCAUCAGUGGCAGGUGCACUUGCUCAUCCCAUUGACCUACAGCAGCUACGUGGUCUGCAUUGCCUGUGAGCCAAGGAUCCGCCGGUGGCUUUGCCUGCCGUCCAUGCCGCCGCUGACAAGCCUGGAGCAGGCGGAGACUUCAAAGGUGGCAGAGGAGGGCCAUGCAAGGCCAAUGCAGUCGAGCAGGCCAGCGCAGAUGGCACGACCUGGAGAGGCUGCUGUUCGAGAAGCGGUGCAAUUGGCACACUUCAGGAUGGAUGCAGCUCUCGGUGAAUUCGAGGAAAUCAGCAUGGGUAGCAAGCCUGACAAGCCUGAGGAUGAGGCUUGCAGACGUCACAGUCGCUGUGAGGACACGUGGAGCCAUGGGAAAGAUUGCACUACAUCCACUGGCCAACGUCUUGCACUUUCCAUUGUGGCAGGGAUCAUUUGCCUUUCGUUGGUCACCUAUGUCCUUCUGGACUGCCUGGCCCGCCUGGCUUGUGUUUCCGGAGUAACGCCCUCCAUCAUGGGCUUCGUCGUGGUUGCAGCCGGGCUGCGCAUCCCGGGAAUGUUGGAUGUCGCAUCUGGAAAAUGUCCGAAAGAUGACGCUCCCAACUUGCCUGCUGGCCUGUGCAUGCUGCUGACCGCAAGCUACCUUGGGAAGGUCAGGGCGCCGAUGAGCGACUUCCAGUUCCUCACCAUCUGUGGAGUCGCCCAGAUGCUGUCCCUGCUUGCUGUGCUGAAGCGGAAGCGGCGCUGUGUGGGUUACCUGCUCCUCGCGGCCUACCUUCUGUGCAUUGUGCUCACUCUAGCGCUCUUCUACAUCCAGAAGCUCUGA